UUCUACGCACAUCUUGUCUGAGCUGUAUCUCUUAUGUGAACAAGUUUGCCAAAUCACGGGCGCAGAAAAUGGCUUCCGAGAAGUUCCAGGCUGGCGAGGCCUAUGGAGAUCCACAAAAACAAUCAGAUGCUGACUUCUUCUCAGACCCGGUGAAGGUUGCGACAGAUCUGUUGAAAGACUACUCUGGCCUUCGUAGUCAGGCCUCCAUUCCAGAGAUCGUUGAACUGAUCAAGGAACUGAAAAAUCCGGGGCAGCCUCUAGACGACAAAAAAGGGACAACUGAGCUGUUGAUUGGGAUUCUCACUUCUCUGCCAUCUACAUCGGCUGCUCGAACCCACCUCACAAACAAACUCAUUGAUACACUCUGGGACAAUCUGCAACAUCCGCCUUUAAGCUACGUUGGGGGCGAUGUCAAGUAUGAAGUCGUAAGCCCCGAAACGUCGGUCAAUGUGCCGAAGCCAAAGCCCGCCGAUGUCAUCGAGUUCAAAGCUCCGGACAGCGAUAUAACUCUACGCGAGAUAGUUCCACAAGCCCCUGAUGGGCUCCAUCACUACCGUAUGCCUGACGGUAGUUUCAAUAACAUACUGCAGCCAAAUCUUGGCAAGGCCGGCACACCUUAUGCUAAGUCAGUGAGAAAUACCAAACGGCUUCAUGGUGUGAAGCCUGAUCCUGGACUGUUAUUUGAUCUCCUGAUGGCUCGCGAGGACGAUACGUUCAAAGAAAACCCAGCAGGUGUUUCAUCCAUGCUAUUUUAUCACGCAUCGAUCAUCAUUCAUGACAUCUUUCGGACUAGUCGAACAGACAUGAACAUAUCUGAUGUGUCAUCCUACUUAGACCUGGCACCUCUUUAUGGAUCUAGUCUUCGCGAUCAGUUGGAGAUACGAACUAUGAAGGAAGGUAAACUAAAGCCCGAUACUUUCCAUGAGAAACGUCUGCUUGGACAGCCUGCUGGAGUCAAUGUCAUGCUGGUCCUAUACAACCGCUUCCACAAUUAUGUUGUUGAUAUCUUGCUCAAGAUAAACGAGAACGGCCGCUUUACUCUGGCUUGUUCGGAGAACGCCAGCCCAGAAGACAGGGCCAAGGCAGUUGCGAAGCAAGAUCACGACCUCUUCAAUACAGCUCGUCUCAUUGUCGGUGGCCUAUACGUCAACAUCAGCUUACACGACUACUUGAGAGCCAUUACCAACACACACCACUCCAAGAGCGACUGGACAUUAGAUCCGCGUGUUGACAUCACUAAGCAAUACGACGGAGAAGGCGUCCCCCGGGGUGUAGGUAAUCAAGUCAGCGUCGAGUUCAACCUUCUGUAUCGGUUCCAUUCGUGCAUUUCUAAGAAGGAUGAGGGUUGGAUUAACAACUUUUUCCUGAAACUCUUCCCUGGUCGUAACCCAGAAGACCUUAAGAAUGUGAGCUGGACUGAGCUUGGCCAAGCCCUCCUCACUUUCGAGCAGAGCAUCCCCAAAGAUCCCAGUGUCCGCACAUUUGACGGGCUAGAGCGUCAAGCAGACGGCAAGUUCAAGGACGCGGAUCUGGCUCGCAUAAUGAAGGAAGCGAUGGACGAUCCCGCCGGCACAUUUGGCGCUCGCAUGAUCCCCAAGGCCCUCAAGAUCGUCGAGAUUCUCGGAAUCAAUCAGGGUCGCAAGUGGCAGGUUGCAUCCCUGAACGAGUUCCGGGAGUUCUUCGGACUCAAACGAUGGGAGAAGUUCAGCGACAUCAAUUCUGAUCCGCAGAUCGCGCGCAUUCUCGAGCAGCUGUACACUUCUCCAGAUAUGGUCGAACUCUACCCAGGCCUGAUGAUCGAGGACACCAAGCCAGUAAGGAAUACUGGCACUGGCAUCUGUCCUACCUAUACGCUAGGCAGAGCUGUGCUCUCUGACGCUGUCACCCUCGUGCGUUCAGAUAGAUUUAACACGAUUGAUUUCACCGUGUCAAAUUUGACCAGCUGGGGUUACAAUGAAGUCCAGCAAGACUACAAGACCAUGGGCGGAUCGAUGCUAUACAAGCUAAUACAGCGUGGUCUGCCGGGCUGGUUCCCGUAUAAUUCAGUUGCUGUCAUGCAGCCGAUGUAUACCAAGAAGGCUAAUGCUGCGAUUGCGAAAGAGAUCGGCACAUUGGCACAGUUCACAUUGGAUGAUCCCAAGCCGCCACCGACGCCCGUUAUUGUCACCACGAGCGCAGCCAUCAAAGAGGUGCUCAGCAACCCUAAGCAAUACGUUCUUCCAUGGGUCGCACCAUUGAACGCCUUGUUCCCAGGCAAGAAGAAUUUCGACUGGUUUAUGUUGGCUGGCGACACACAGAGUAAUUUCCAGGAGCGCUCGAACAUGUUGAAGGCCUUCAAGAAGGUUCCGAAUCUCCACAACGUCAUUCACGAAUUCGUAGAACGUGUUGGAGCAGAGCUUAUCCGAAAGGAGACGUUCACGCUCAAGGAGGGCCUCAACCAGAUCGACAUCAUCCGCGACAUCGCAAUUCCCUUGAACGCGCGACUGCUUUCCGACCUCUUCUACUUCGACUUGAAGAGCGAGGAGAACCCGGACGGCGUUCUCAGCGAGACCCAGUUCUAUACCCACCUUUUGAAUAUCCGCAUCUGGGGCGUGAAUAAUAAUGACCCGGCUCAGGCCUGGAAUCGCCGCAGGCGAGCUCAGGAGGGUGCCCAAGUCAUCACCGACACGACUCGCAAGCUUGUUGACGAGGUAGUACGCGGCCGAGGCCUCGGACUGGGCAUUGCCUCGGCCAUCUCUAACAACUUCUCGCGCAAAGCCUACCUAAAGAAAGGCUCGCUACGCUCUUGCGGAUACCAGAUCAUCGAUGAGUUGCUGGCCCAGGGUAACUCUGCCGAGCGCGUCACAGACAACCUUUGGCUGACUGCCUUUGGCGGUAUUGGCGCCCCCGUCACCACGGUUAGCUCCUCCCCCAAUCAGGAAGGUUUUAGGAUGCUAAUCUCCCAACUAGUUUUAUGAAGUGCUAGAGUUCUUCCUUCGCCCCGAAAAUGCCAAGAUCUGGGCUGAGGUUCAGUCUCUUGCACUCAAGGGCGACGAUGCCGGUAUUCACGAUUACGUGACGGAAGCUCAGCGCCUCACGAGCUCACAGCGCAAUAUGCGCGUUGCAGUCGCGCCAGGACAGCUGGAGGGCAAACAGGUGCAGCCGGGUAACGCUAUCGUCAUGUUGCUUGUGAGUUUUUCCGCCCUCGUGAUUCCCUUUUCAAAAAACGCUAACCUGCUUCUAGGGUGAGGCCGGUCGAAACAAGAC